CUCACGUCACCGCUGCGUCGGGGACUGACGUCAUCAAGGCGCGCCCCCCAGCUCUGCCUCGGCUACUGCUUCGUACCCGGUUCGACCAUGUGCCAGGUGGGCGAGGACUACGCGGAGCCGCCGCCUCGGGAGUCCCUGCCGGCACCCAGGCUUGGCUGUGGGCAGAAGUGUGUGAAGUGCAAGCAGGGCGAGCCGGUGGUGGUGAUCCGAGCUGGAGAUGCCUUUUGCAGGGACUGUUUCAAGGCCUUCUACAUCCACAAGUUCAGAGCCAUGCUAGGCAAGAACCGGCUCAUCUUUCCUGGCGAGAAGGUACUCUUGGCAUGGUCUGGUGGACCCUCAUCCAGCUCCAUGGUCUGGCAGGUCCUUGAGGGUCUGAGCCAACACUCUGCUAAGAGGCUGCGCUUCGUGCCAGGGGUCAUCUAUGUGGAUGAAGGUGCAGCCUGUGGCCGGAGCCUGGAAGACAGAGCAAAGACCCUGGCUGAGGUGAAGCAGGUUCUGCACACUGUCGGCUUCCCGUGGCACGUAGUAUCCCUAGAAGAGGUGUUCGGCCUGCCACCGUCGGUGCUGCGGUGCUGUCCCCAGGAGCUGGCCGGGACAGAGGGUGCCUAUAAGGCGGCUGUGGACAGCUUCCUCCAGCACCAGCACACGCUGCAGGUCGAGGGAGCUGGGGACAGCUACAGUCUGGCUCGGGGGGACGAGGAGCAGUCCUGGCCACAGAGCCAGGACCCUCAUGGCCCUCCGAGCCCGGCCGCAUCCCCCUCUGCCGCCCAGACUGAGGCCCUGUGCAGGCUGUUUGAGUCCGUGCAGACGCUGACGGCCAAAGAGGAGCUUCUGCAGACCCUGCGGAGCCACCUAAUCCUGCAUGUGGCCCGAGCCCACGGCUACUCCAAAGUGAUGACUGGGGACAGCUGCACACGUCUGGCCAUCAAGCUCAUGACCAACCUGGCCCUGGGCCGCGGGGCCUUCCUUGCCUGGGACACGGGCUUCUCAGACGAGCGGCAUGGGGACGUGGUGGUGGUGCGGCCCAUGCGGGACCAUACACUGAAGGAGGUGGCCUUCUACAAUCGCCUGUUUGCUAUCCCCUCAGUCUUCACGCCAGCUGUGGACACGAAGGCCCCUGAGAAAGCCAGCAUCCACCGGCUGAUGGAGGCCUUUAUCCUUCAGCUGCAGGCCCAGUUCCCCUCCACAGUCAGCACUGUGUACAGGACGAGCGAGAAGCUGGUUAAGGCACCCAGGGAAGACUGUGCGGGGGAGCCCGAGGGCCCCCGCUGCCUUCUCUGCCUGUGCAUCCUGGACAUUGAUGCUGCUGACAGUGCUACAGCUUUUGGGGCUCAGACCUCAACUCUCUCCCAGAUGCCGCCAUCUGCCCUGCAGGCUGAGGCUGGGACCCGCACUGCCCCCUGCUGUGCUGUAGGCAGGGCCCCGGGCUGCUGUUGGAAGGCCUGCAGGAGGGAACACGACAGUCAGACCCAGGUCAUCCAGCAACUGUGCUACAGCUGCCGGGGGAACAUGAAGGACUUGCCCUCCCUGGACCCCUUGCCCCCCUACAUCCUGGCCGAGGCCCAGCUCCGCAGCCAGAGGUACAAGACCUGUUUGGCGGGCGCACAGGUGGGAGCCCCCAGGGCUGGUUCCCACACACACUUCCCACAGGGCCCGGGUCAUGCAGGAGAUCCAGGAUUAUCUGAUCGAGGACAGUGACGCCGAGACAGAGACCACUCAGAGCUGAGCCAGGACACGCUUGGGCGGCACGGGCAGCUUUUCACUCAGGGUGGCAGGCAAGGCUGUGGGGCUGGCUCAGGCUUAUUGUUUGUAUAAAUAAAAAGAUUUUAAUUAGAAAA